GGUACAAUACAAUACCCUGAAAAUCAUCCGGCGCUCUGAAUGCCGUAACCAUUCAAACGAACUACAAGCACGCACCGAACGACACAAUACCACGCACCAUGGCGCCAAACGAAGACCAGCGGUACGAUCCCGUGCCGCCAAUACCGACGUACGAUGAAGCCGUUGCCGGGGGCAGCGCCUGGCACCGCGAGUCUGCGCGAUCCCCUGUCGAUAACUCCCAAGCAGAGGCAGGAGAGGGCCAAUCGCUGCUAACAAGCUCCCGACAUGCUUUCGAGUCCGCCACCCCGAAUGCCGCGCGAGGCCGGCGACCCCGUGGCUACCGGCCGCCCACCGUCGAGACCGACGACGAGAGUAGUCUGUUCAGCUCAGAUUCGGAAUCCGACUCGGGCGACGAGCGCGAGGCGGAGCAAGUGCGCAGAGAGAUGCAGGAGCUGGAGAUCGACGACUCCGACCUGAACUCGCAGAACCGGGGUUCCUCGUGGGGGAAGCGCAUCGGGCUGUCGCUGUCGCUACCGCAGUGGCGCUGGAGGUGGAGGUGGCGAUUACCAAGCCUGCGACGAAGAGCAGACGGCGGGAAUGCGGGCGACACUCGGGGCACGGCAACGGCACCGGCGGCGGAGGGUCAGGCGGCCGAGCCGUGGUUCGCGCGGCCGAGUUCGCUCCCCAAGUUCGGGAGCGCCGCGCUCCUCCUGCUGGUGGCGCGGAUGCUGGUUGCUAUCCUCGUCCUGGGGCUUCUCUACGCGCUAUUCGCGAGCGACCUGUUCACGAACAUGGCGCGGAGGAUGGGGAGUCAGAUGUUUGACCCCGAGAGCGUGCGGAUAAACGUCCAGAGCAGUGUGGAUCCGAGGAGGAUACGGGAUCACCUGAAGCACUUCACCAGUUACGCCCAUCUUGCGGGGACCGAGGGUGACUACGCGCUGAUGGAGGAUACCGAGAUGUUGUUCAGGGAGUACGGGUUGGAAGAUGUCACGCGGGACGUGUACCAUGUCUAUCUGAACUAUCCGAAGGCUGGAGGGAGGGCGGUGGAGAUCCUGGGGCAGGACGGCAAGGCCAUCUGGUCGGCCAAGUUAGAAGAGGAGGAAGUAGGGGCCAAGACGGCAGGGCAUCAGACCUAUGUGUUUCAUGGCCAUUCAAAGUCGGGCGACGUCAAGGGUCCGUUGGUGUACGCCAACCACGGCUCGAGAGACGACUUUGAUAGGCUCAAAGACUUGGAUAUUCGUGGAGCGAUUGCCUUGGUGAGGCACCACGAAUCGCAAGGCGACCCGGCGAUGAAGGUCAAGGCUGCCGAGAUGGCAGGAUUCGCGGGCUGCAUCAUCUACAGCGACCCCGCGAAUGACGCGUUCCGGCAAGCUCCCAUAGGACCUGAUGGGCCGUUUAUGCCGGCCGACGCCGUACGGAGGGGGACUGUGAGCUUGAUGCGCUGGGUGGUUGGCGAUGUUCUGACGCCUGGCUGGGGCAGCAAGGAGCAUCUGCCGCGCAUGACGCUUGACCAGACGAAAGGCCUUGUCAAGAUCCCGAGUCUUCCGCUGGCCUGGCGCGACGCCCAGGUCCUGCUCCAGCACCUGAAGGGCUUCGGGCAGCAGGUUCCGGAGGGGUGGCAAGGCGGAGUUCCCGAGGUCGAUGAGUGGUGGACUGGCAACGGCUCCUCGCCCAUCGUGCGCUUGAGGAACGAGCAGGAUGAAGUUCUGAAGCAGCCGAUUUGGAACGUGUACGGCAGGAUCUAUGGCAUCGAACAAGGGGAGAAGAAGGUCAUAAUUGGCAACCACCGCGACUCCUGGGCUUUCGGGGCUGCAGAUCCUCACUCGGGAACAGCGGUCAUGCUCGAAAUCAUCCGGGUCUUUGGUGCCUUGGUCUCGCGCGGAUGGCGGCCCCUGCGCACCAUCGAGUUUGCGUCGUGGGAUGGCGAGGCGUACAACCUCAUAGGGUCGACCGAGUACGUCGAGCAGUACGAGGACGAACUGCGCAAAGACGCGCUCGCCUACAUCAACCUCGACAGGGCUGUGACAGGCGACACCUUCCAUGCCGCCGGGUCGCCUGUCUUCCGCAAGCUGCUCCUCCAGGUUCUGAACCGGGUCUCUGAUCCGCACUUUAACAAGACAUUGCGCGAACGCUGGGACCGCCGAACCGCCGACUUGGAAGGGCUCGGUGCCGGUUCGGACUACGUCGCCUUCCAGGACAUCGUCGGCACCUCGUCGCUCGACCUGUACUUCGACGGUAAGGAGACGCCGUUAUAUUCGAGCUACGACAAUUUCGAGUGGAUGGAGCACUUUGGCGAUCCAGGUUAUGUUUACCACAACCUCCUCGGCCAAGUCCUUGGCCUGCUGAUCCUGGAACUUGCCGACCGCCCCAUCAUGCCGUUUGACAUGCCCGCCUAUGCCGACAACCUGUCUCGCUGGGUCAAGGACCUCGAGUCCUGGACCAAAACCAGAGGCGCGGACAAGGCCGCCGGGGACAAACCUUUCUCGCUCGACUCCCUCAAGAGUGCGGUCGACGAGGUGGUCAAGUUGAUCCGCGAGUUCUCCAGGUGGGAGCAAAGCUGGGAGAACAGCGUGCUUGCCGCCAGCGGGUGGGAGCCGGCGGGGCUGGGGAGACGGAGAUGCGAGUAUAACGCGCGCAUGGCGACCUUCGAAAGCGACCUGUUAGACAGUGCCGGGAUCCCCAACCGCACGCAGUUUAAACAUGUCAUCUUCGGCCCGCAGCUCUGGUCCGAUGACGACACCGACGAUACCAACGCCUAUUUCCCCUCGAUCCGGGACACUGUGAUGUCCGGCAACUGGACCCUGGCUCAGCAGACGGUAGAUGAAGUUGCAAGCAUCCUCAGGCAGGCGGCCGCUAACCUGGUGAAAUGACACCAACUUUCUGCACUUACAUUCUUUCAUUUCUGUCUUCGUGUUUCUUUCUACCAUUACCUUGUCCAUCACGGAUUGUAUAAAG